UUGUCACUACAGGAAGAUAGUCAAGACAUCAGCAGGUAUUAAAACAGACAACCUGCUCAAUUUUAAUUGCCAUUUUAUUAUUCCUGGUUCUUUGCUUUGACACUAUCUCAGGUCUUGUGCCAGCGACACCACUCGAUCACAAUGAAGGUACAGAGGAUACUAAUGUAUAUGAAAAUGAUCUUCAAGACACACAGAACAUCAAACAGAUGAAAUCCAAGAAGUUGAAGUCUAAAGUCCAAAAGAGCCAAUCACCUUCAGUCUAUGAGAAUGUAGAGCUCAAGCCGGGCCAGUCAGAUGUCAUCUAUGGAAAUCUUUGAUCCGAGCAUCAAGACAUGAGAUUCUGAUAAGAGUACUGAUCUAAAAUGGCCAAAGUGAUUCAUAUUUCCUACAUCACAUUUCCUACAAGACAUUUAAAUAAAUCACAAUGAAAACGCUCACACAGAUAAAGAUAAAAAGAGGAGGAGUUUGUGGGGCUUCUGAUGAGUUUGAUACCACCAUCAGACUUCCACCCUGUUUUCAGAAGACAAUUUUAGAGACUACUGAGUGAGAUUAUCUGCAAUCUCCUCUUAUACAAACUCUCUGGAAGCUCAUAAUGAAGAUCUGUUGUGUCGUGUGUGUAUGGAUCUUUCUGACAGAAAUUAGAAGUUCAUCUACAAAUGGAAUUGAGAUGCAUGGAUACACCGGAAAACAAGUCACCAUUUCAUGUCAACACAGCUGGGCUUGGAGCAACAGAAAGUACUUCUGCACACAUCCAUGUAAAGAUGAAGAUGUUCUAGUAUCAUCUGAUCGGUCACCAAACGGGAGAUUCAGUCUGAAGUAUCUUGAAAAGGGAACGUUCACAGUGACCAUCACUGAUCUACAGGAGUCAGACUCUGGGAUUUACUAUUGUGGAGUGGACAGAGUUGGUGCAGACACGUAUGAGAAGGUCAAUCUGAGAGUAUCUAAAGACACAACUCAACCACUUCCUAUAUCAACACGACAACAAGAAUCUCAAUUUGCCACAUCAAGCAGAACAUCCAGAUCUUCAACCCUUGAACACACCACACAAGUACCUUCAGUGACAGUCUCUUCAGUGUCUGUAAACAUCUCGCUGUAUGCUGUUGGUGGUCUGAUCGCAGUCGUCAUACUUGUAUGUGGCCCAGUUGCUGUUUGUCACUACAGGAAGAUAAUCAAGACAUUAGCAGGUCUUGUGCCAGUGCCAGCAACACCAGUCGACCACAAUGAAGAUACAGCUGAAGAGGAUACUAAUGUAUAUGAAAAUGAUGUUCAAGACACACGGAGCAGCAAACAGAUGAAAUCUAAGAUGUUGAAGUCUAAAGUCCCGAAGAGCCAUUCACAUUCAGUCUAUGAGAAUGUGGAGCUAAAGCCGGGACAGUCAGAUGUCAUUUAUGGAAAUCUUUGAUCCGAGCAUCGAGAUCAGAGUAGAGAGAUCUAAAAUGACCAAAGUGAUGCAUUGAACAUUUUCUACAUUGACAUCACAUCACAGACAUUUAAUUAAAUGAAAGUGUCUAUAAAAACGAUUAUA